AUGUUCCAGCGGUCGUCCUCGGGAACCAACCUCGCCGAAAUGGGACUCUCCUCGGUCAAGCGAACUUCCAUCCGCGACAAAUCCUUUGCGCCGACGCCCGCGCCCGGUCGUACCCCGACAGACGCAGACAGAAGAAGCAGUGUAUACCGCUCGAGGCCGUCCUCCGCCGGACCCAUGAGCCACCAAUCUUUCUUCCAAACAGCGCCUCAGCCAGCUGGUGUGCCUCGAGAUCCCCGUCCACUGAGGGACAGAUCGUACCAGGCUAGGAUAGGACAGGAGUUGCUUGAUUAUCUUGCACAGAACAACUUCGAGAUGCAGAUGAAACACACACUUUCGCAGAACAUCAUUAAGUCGCCGACGCAGAAAGAUUUCAACUUCAUGUUCCAGUGGCUGUACCGACGAAUCGACCCCAGUUACAAGUUCCAGAAGAACAUCGACCAAGAGGUGCCGCCAAUUCUCAAGCAACUCCGGUACCCGUACGAGAGGAGUAUCACCAAGAGUCAGAUCGCGGCUGUUGGCGGUCAGAACUGGAGCACCUUUUUGGGCCUGCUGCACUGGAUGAUGCAACUUGCGCAAAUGCUGGACGGGUACGCUUGCAACCGCUACGAUGAUGCGUGUCACGAGAGCGGAAUCGAUGUUACUGGCGACCACAUUAUUUUCGACUUCCUCAGCAAAGCGUACAGGGAUUGGCUAUCCAUGGACGAAGACGCAGACGACGAGGACGCUAACCGAGUUCUGGCCCCCCAUGUGGAACGGAUGGCCGAGGCCUUUGAACAGUCCAACUCCAAGUACACUUCUGAGCUCGAGAUGCUAGAGGCUGAGAACAACCGUCUGUUGAGGGAAAUCGAAGACCUUGAGAAGUCUACCCCAGAUCCCGCAGUCCUCGACAAUCACUUCAGAAUCAUGGAAGAGGACAAGGUCAAAUUCGAGGAAUACAACGCUCUCGCCGUGCAGCGAUCAGACAAAUAUGAAAGCCGCAUUCAGGUCUUGCAAGAGGAACUCGACAAGCUCAACCAGGAGUUGAAGGAAGUCGAGGACGAACGACGAGGCUUGCAAAAGGCUGUUGACGAUCUGGGCAUUAGUAUGCAGGACAUUGACCGUAUGACGGCUGAGCGCGAGCGUCUUCAGAAAGGCAUCGAGUCAGCCGGACAACGCUUGGAGGAGGUUAAGAAGAAGGUUGCGGAGAGGGAAAUGGAGGCGAGCAGGAAGCUGGACGAAUUAGAGCGAAUGGUCGACAAGUACAACACCUUGGCAUACCAAAUCGGCCUGAUUCCUGCGACAGCAGUCAACGCCAAGGGCAAAGACUACGAGCUGCAAGUAACGGUCAACGAUGGCCCUGACUUUAGCUCUUCUCAACUGAAGGGUUCCAGCCAAGCUUCAUCGUCCGACAGACUGCUCGCUGACCCCGUCACCGGUUACCAGCCGGCGCACAUCCUCAACCUCGACUUGCGUGGCCAGGUCAAGAACAGCUUCCUCACACUGAGGAAGGAGAUCUCGGAGAGAAGGAGCCUCGCCAUGGACGCCAUGAUGAAGGAUCACGACUUGCUUGACGGUAUCAAGGAGGCGAUCGAGGACAAACGUAACGAAGUUGAGGCCCUCGAACAUCGUGUCCGUGCUGCUGAGGAGGAAUAUGAAAAAACCAAGGAGGUUACAACCGCCCAGAAGAUGGCUUCCGAUGCCCAGAUCGAGAAGAUGGAGAAGGAGCUCGCAAAGAUGCGAGCGACGUUGUCUGAGUCAGUGCAGCUGAUGGAGCAGCGCGAGAUGAACACGAGCAUCGAGUACGAACAGCUCGUCCUUCGUGCUAACUCCCUGAGGGAGGAGCUCCAUACCGAGGUCGACCGCAUGCUCAACGACGUCAUCAAGUUCAAGAUUCACGUACAAAAGAACCUAGACGAGUACGAGAACUUCGUCACGGACGAGUUGGAGAAGGAGUUGGGCAGCGAGGAGCUCAGAGAUGAUACCCGCAGUAUGGAUGUGUGA